AUGUUUCUAUUUCGAACUGUUAUUCGAGAUAUAUACGAACAAUUGCUUGCUUAUCAAUGUCAAAAGCGUGUGACUGUAUAUCGUGGUCAGGUCUUAUCGAUAGUCGAAUAUAAAAAGUUAGAAAAAUCAUGUGGAUCAAUCAUUUCAUUGAAUUCAUUUUUAUCGACAUCCUUAAAUCGUAUAAUAGCCGAAGGAUUUGUUCAACGAAAUAUGCAUUUAUGUGCAUCGGGCGAUUAUGUAGCUGUUAUUUUCGAAAUUGAAGCUGAUCCUGCUGUGGUUUGUAUGAAGAACGAUAAAACAAAAAAAAAUCGACUACCAUUUGCACAAAUUGAUGAAUUAAGUUAUUAUGGUGAAGGAGAAUCUGAAGUAUUAUUUAUGCUUGGUUCUAUAUUUCGUUUGAAUGAGAUUAUUUCUCAUGAUCAAUCAUCAUCAUCAUCAUCAUCAUCAUCAUCAUCGUCAUUAUUAUUAUCAGCUGAUGCAACAACGUCAAUAAUCAUUCGAAUGACAUUAUGUAGUGAUGAUGAUGAUAAUGAUCUCAAACAACUGUAUGAUCACCAUCUGAAGAACGAAUACGACAGAAAGGAAACGAAUCUUCUCUCUUUUGGUGACGUGUUAAGAAACAUGGGAAAAUUCGAUUUGGCCGAAAAGUACUAUUGUCGAUGGUUGAGCGAACUUCCAUCGAAUGAUCCCUCCCUUGGUGUGUUGUAUCAACGUCUUGGUAUGGUUGCUAAUGCGAAAGGUGAGCAUAAUACGAGUCUCGAAUGGUACCAGAAAUCACUCGAGAUUACUGUCAAAACUCGUCCAUCCGAUUAUGCCAAUAUUGGUAUCACACACAACAACAUCGGUAAUGUUCAUCGAAAUAAAGGUGAUCGUGGUCGAGCACUCGAAUCGUACAAUCGAGCCGUGUCACUCUUCAAACAAGCACACGAUGAGAGUCACCCACAUUUGGCCUCCUUUUACAACAACAUUGGCACUAUCUAUCAAAAAGAGAAGAAGUAUUUUGAAGCGCUCGAAUUCUAUGAGAAGUCACUUGCUAUAGAUAAUAAGCAUUUACCACCGGAUCAUCCUGAUUUGGGUACGUCGUACAACAAUAUUGGCACUGUUCAUCGAGGUCUCGGUCAUUAUGAUCUCGCAUUGGAUCAUUGCAAUCGAUCACUUAAAAUCAGAUUGAAGUCACUUCCUGCUCAACAUCCCAGUAUUGCAAUGACCUACGAGAACAUUGGUCUUGUGUAUGAAGACAAGGUUGAAUUAAAACAGGCAUUGACAUAUAUGAAGAAGGCUCAAACAAUCUAUGAAGUAGCAUUACCAUUUAAUCAUCCUUACGUAGUAAAAAUUAAGAAUGAUGUUAAAAGAGUAGAAGAUAAAUUUUAA